AUGCCAUUUGGGGAGAUCAAGAUCAUGCUGCAUGAUGUGUAUCAUAUUCUAGGGCUCCGUGUCGACGGUUCCAUGGUUUCCACUACUCCUAGCACGGACGUUUUACGGGACGUGUGCUCGAUUACCUUGGAUAUGACUGCGGAAAAGCUGAAUGAGAAGUGCGGUACUAAAACCGUAUGGCAGGGUAGUGGGGUGCUGACUGAGAGGAUAGUGGAGUCGACCUUGGAGGCACAGAGGCCCUUCAGUUUCCAUUACAGGGCGUACCUGUGGUUAGUUCUUGGCGGAUGUUUGUUUCUGGACAAGAGUGGAAACCAUACUCAUCCUUCCUUCCUUAACGAGGUUUUUGUUGAGGAUGGUCAGAUUAGUGACUACUCCUGGGGUUCUGCUGUGCUAGCAUACAUGUACCGGCAGUUGGGUACAGUGUCACGAAAAGAUGCUGAUUCUAUCGCCGGCUGUCUUACGCUUCUGCAGGCAUGGAUCUACGAGUACUUCCCGUGUUUUAGGCCUCAGCAGGGGACCUUGACCAGAGAGCUUACUGUUUCGCGUGCGUCCGCUUGGGAUGUCGGAUUGGGGUGCCCCAACAAGAGCAUGGAGCGCCUCCUCGCUUUUCGUGCUAGGUUGGAUCAUCUGACUGACAAUGAGGUGAACUGA